CUCUCUUAUCGAUCUUUCUCCUCUGAAAAUGCCCCUGCAAGUGGAAGCUCAGAGCUCUCUGGAAAGUGCAAAGGCCUGUAGCGUUAAUAAAAGUUGUAUGUGUUGCAGGCAGUGGCAAACAAAACAGCCCAUGACUGCAGACGGGAGAGAAAACAACAAAAAAGGACCCAAGCAUCAAUCCUUUCUUACGUUGUCAUCUCCGCUCCUUCAGCUCAACGACCGCAUUGCUGGUCACCCGCCAUUGCGAACUCACGCACCAUCAAGCUGGAGUCACCUGGAUCGGAGCACGGCAAGGGCUCCGUCUUCGGGCUCCCAGUGAUGGGAGACUUGAAGUCAAAACUCCGAGCGAAAUUUCCGCGGCGGAAUUCUGGCUUCCCCCCGUCCCUCCCAUCCAACAAGACCGGCGAUGGUAGCGGCAUUAGCAACAUCAGCGCUGAGACUAACCCGGCAGCGACCGGCCCCAAAGCGACCGAUCCAGCGGCUACAGCAGCCCCGGACGCUCCCGAGGCAUGCCAUAGUCCAGGUCUAAGCGGCCCCGACACGCGGCAAGCCACAAGGCUGGGGACGGCGAGGCUGGGAACGCAGCAGCAAACAGCGAAAGGAACAAGCAAACUCGGCGAUGCAACCGGCGGGAGCAAUGGCCAUGCAACUGGUUCCCCGCCUGACGCCGCGUCCGAUCCGCAUGCAAACAGGGAAAAGAACGGUGAAACGACCACUAAUAACAGCCCACCACGGCCUGUGCGAGUAGCAAGCAUGCACUCCACCCCUAAAGACCCCAACAGCGAUGCGAACGACGCGCACUCGAAUGAACGCCGUCGAUCAGCAGCUAGCAGACUCGAGAGUGUCAACGAAAAAUCCGUCGAUGGCAGCAAGAAAGAGCUGACGCCAAGCAACGCUGCACCCACCGGUGAAUCGGCGGCCCCGGUCCCCACAGCCACCGACGCCGUUCGCAGAAUCAGUCUGAGCGACCCGCCCACCCCGGACACUCGACCUGCCGAACCUGUUCUUCCGCCGUCGGCCACCAAAGACCCAGCUGGCCCGGCAUCAAACUCGCAAUUGCAUCCAUCCAGCUCGCUUACCCGCCCGCCCGCACCGCCAAGGCGACAAAGCUUGCUCCCGAGCAGACAGACAACAUUGAUCCGGACGCUGCUCAGCUCCGGAGACCUCGAUCCAACCACCGCCGAUCAGUUACUCCCGAUCAGCGCCAACAUGGUGACGCGGAAAAUCUGGGUCAAGCGACCGGGCGGGUCGCCCACUCUCGUCUCGAUUAGCGAGGAAGAUCUUGUUGACGAUGUCCGCGAUCUAAUUCUGCGAAAAUACGCCAAUUCACUAGGACGUCAAUUCGACCCUCCCGAUGUGACGUUGCGGAUUAUACCACGAGAACAGCAGAUGAAGGAACGUGCCCUGGGGCCCGAGGAGCCAAUAGCGCGUACGUUGGACGCAUACUUCCCUGGAGGACAAACAGUCGAUGAGGCAUUGAUCAUCGACGUCCCUCAUCGUCGCACCCCCAGAGCCUCGCCCAGGAGCGGACCGCCGCAUGCCCAGCACGCUACCUCGGCUGGCUACGAAGACGCGCUGGCCGUGGACUCAAGCACCGACUAUUUCGGGCCCGGCGCUGUUGCCCACAUCCCAGUGACGAUCGCCGGCACCGGAUCGGGCGGCACGCCUCACGCCAUCUCGGUACUGAACACGGGACAAGUGCCCCAGAUCCCUUCCCCCGGCGGGACAAGAUCGAGGGGCUACCGGGAACGGCCAGAUCGACCGCGACUAGGAAGGCAGCAUACAUCAUCCCCCACCAUACUCAACGUUGUCGGUGCCGGAGGGCACACGGCCACCAUUGCCGUCUCCGCAACCCACGGUACGCCGCAGGCAUCCUCGAUAGCGCGUUCCAGGACUCAUUCAAGUGCUUCUUCAGAACAGUUAGUCAACGCCCAAGCCGCCCCCUCUGCGCCGCCAUUGCCGACACCGCCAGCCCAGGAACCAACCCCCGCCGCCGCCCAGCGAACCACCUCUCCGCCGCCCAGAACAGCCUCCCCGCGCCCCAAUCCCGUAACGCGGCCAAAGAAGAAAAAAACCAGUGAGCCCCCCGCACUACCUGCCGGGAUGCUCAACGGAGGUGUCCCGCCCAUCAAUGUCCUGAUUGUCGAAGACAAUCCCAUCAAUCUGCGCCUCCUGGAAGCAUUCGUUAAGCGGUUAAAGGUGCGAUGGCAGACGGCCAUGGACGGUCGCGAGGCCGUCAACAAGUGGCGCAAGGGCGGCUUUCACUUGGUGCUGAUGGACAUCCAACUGCCCGUCAUGAGCGGACUCGAGGCUACACGGGAAAUCCGCCGCCUGGAGCGACUAAACUCGAUAGGUGUUUUCUCACAGUCCUCGAACAACAAUAACAGCAAGCCUUCUGCUGCUGCCGACGGCAAAACCAACGGCGGCGGCGAGUCGGAAGGUGGUGCCAAGGAUGAGACCAACGAGGAGGAUAAGCUCAGCAAUAGGGAACUGUUCAAGAGCCCCGUCAUCAUUGUCGCCUUGACAGCAAGCUCGCUGCAGAGCGACCGACACGAAGCAUUGGCGGCGGGUUGUAAUGACUUUUUGACCAAGCCCGUUACGUACGUCUGGCUUGAGCGAAAGGUCAUGGAAUGGGGCUGCAUGCAGGCCCUCAUCGACUAUGACGGUUGGAGGAAGUGGAAGUCGUACUCUUCGCAGAAGUCAGAGGAGGAUACGGCUGCGAAGAAAACCAAGGCGAAGAAGGCCAAGCAGGCGCCCAAUAGCUCUUCCUCAGAGGGUCAAUGAGGACACCAUCUCGUGCUCGUACAACCGCGCUGUACGGCCGCUUGUGCCGACCGGAUCUCUUGAGCUCUGCGGCGUGGAAUUGGACAAAACGUGUGGAUGGGCGGUAAUCUGACGGCCUGGGUAUGGAGGGAGUGGAAUGCGGUCGUAUUUAGCGGUUGGUUGUUCCUAAUGGUGUCUGUUGUGUUUCCCUCAAUCGUCCCCCCCCCCACCUACCUCGCUUUACUGUAGCCAUCCCCUGUACCACCGCCCCCAACAGAUAGGAGGUGCAUUGAGAGAGCCUAUCCUGUGUAACUUAGCGUGAACGAGAACGAGCGUUACAUGUGGGAGUUAGUGCUCCCUAUAGAUGUGCAGGGUAAUAUGUACAUACGAAGUCUUAGACGCAUUGCUGUUCAGGGGUUGACGUGGGAGCAAAGGGAAAGCAGGAUCGGAGUUAAAAUCGAGUAUUGGUCAUUUGGAAAAUGUUGGAGAUGUGGUGAUUC